ACUACGCAUUGAGAAGAGAUAGUCGUGUUACGGGAUAAAAGUGCCGCUUCAGUUGGAUAAAGAUACAACCGUUUAUUUUAUUACUUUUUGAUCGAUAGUUAAACUUAACCCCAAUUCAACCUCAUCAUGUCUGUCACCAGUUUAGACACAGCCGAAAAUUUUCAAAAUUUUAUUAGAACACCUGUUUUAACGGUAAUCCAUUUUUCUGCUGACUGGGCAGAACAAUGUAAGCAAGUCACAGAGGUCCUGAAAGAACUGGCGAAGCUACCCGAAGUACAAUCCAGUGGUAGCAAAAUAGCUAUUUGUGAUGCUGAAAAGUUAUCUGAAGUUUCAUUGCAGUUCAAGAUCGACUCCGUACCAACAGUCAUUUUGUUCAGAAAUGGAGCACAGGUAGAUAGAGUGGAUGGUGCUGAUGCGGCACAAAUAUCUUCCAAAGUAAAAGCUCACAGUGCUAAUAAGACUGCCCUCGGAGAUGUUGCUCCCUUGAAACUUGAAGAUAGACUGAAAGCAUUGAUCAAUAGACAUGAUGUAAUGGUGUUCAUGAAAGGCAAUAGAGAUCAGCCUAGAUGUGGCUUCAGUAAAACUUUAAUUCAAAUUCUUAAUGGAACUGGGGUGUCUUAUGACACAUUUGAUAUAUUGACUGAUGAAGAGGUGCGCCAAGGCCUAAAGGAGUAUUCAGAUUGGCCUACUUACCCACAACUAUAUGUCAAAGGAGAACUAGUUGGAGGAUUAGACAUAAUCAAAGAGCUCCAAGCAAAUGGAGAACUAGAUGCUACUUUGAAGCCUUAAUGAAAUGUUUAUGUCAUUGUAGGUAUUUUAAUUUAUUGCAAUAAAUGAUUGGUUUUGAUAAAUAAA